UUCUAGGAGGGAAAGGGUGGAGAUGACAAAUGUCAGCAUGUUUAUAGCUGAUGGAAAGACUAAGACAGCAGAGGAAUUGAUGGUAGUGUUCAUCUGCCUGGGAGCCGUAUGACAAUUCCAGAAGCAGAGAGGAUGUGCAAGCUCACCCAGGAGCUGAGUAUCAGGAUCUCAAGAGAUGUUUCCUUCCCUGCUCAGCUCCUCUCCUGAGAAAUUAGAGAUCCCAAGAAGGUUGAAGUAAUGGUGAUGGUUAUUUAUUCACUGACCACUCAGACAUUCCCACAGACCCCACCAUGUGGGAGUGUAGUUUCACGGGACAACUCAACCCCAUCGAUAGUGAAUGCAGUGCUGGGAGAGUCGGUAACUCUUCCCCUGAAGUUUCUUACGGGAGAGAAUGCCACAUCCAUCACCUGGCUUUACAAUGGAAUAUCUAUCGCCUUCAUAAGUCUAAGUGAAGCCCAAAGUUCAAACCCCUGGGUGACCAACCCAAAACUAAGAACGCGGCUGACCUUCCCUGGGUGCUGCUCCUUGCAGCUCAGCAACCUGACGAUGGAAGACACAGGAUCUUACAGAGCCCAGAUCACCACAGAGACCUCUACAAAGUUUUCUGAUUAUGCUCUGAGGAUUUUUGAAAAACUGAGGAACAUACAAGUUACCAGUCACAUUCCACUGAUUAAGAAUAAGACCUGUGAAAUUCACCUGACCUGCUCUGUGGAGAACCCAAGUGACACUGUCUUGUUCAGGUGGCAGACCUCAGAAAACAUACAUCAAAGUAAACCAAACUUCACUAUCUUCUGGAACCCCCAAAAUUCCAGUGAAGACAACUAUACCUGCGUAGCUGAGAACGCUGUCAGCAAUUUAUCCUUCUCUGUCUCUGCCCAAGCGCUCUGCAAAGGCAUUAAGAAAAAUCUAUACCUGCAUAGCAUGUGGAUUGCGGGGGCUACUAUACUACUACUACUUGCAUUCAUCCUUAUCUGUGCAGUACUGUUACACUGUACUGUUUGGAAAAGAAUAGAUUCCCGUCACUUCUCUCCCCAGCAAGCCCAGGGUCCUGCACUGUCCCUGAGGAAUACAGAGAAUGCAUCGGUCCCCCCAGAGAGCAGUACUGUGUAUGCUUCGGUCACUCAUCCCACCACGGAAAUGGAAAGCCCAACACCUAUGAAAAAUAAUGAUCCUGUCACAAUUUACUCUACAAUCAAUCCUUCCAGAGAGACUAAACCCACUUCUCCCAGGGCAACUGCUCUUGACCACGUCGUGUAAGUUGCUGAAAGGCCUCAGCAGAAUCCGGGAAAACACACAUAAUAUGCUGAUCCCAUGGAGAGGAUAAAAAGCAAGAAGCUUGGGUUUAAUCCUGACAACAGAAUCUGAAUAUCUAGGAUUAUUACUUCCACUCCUUCAGACUUAAAUCUGCUUAUUGAAGUCAGAUACCUAAGGAUAACAUAAUUUCCAUCAUGUUAUCUAAAUAAUAUUUUCUAGGGGUCAGGGUUGCAGGAACGGUAAGACUGCUGCCUGGACCUCCACUGACCAUGCUGUCCUAAGAUCCACCUCUCUGAAGAACUCAGCCCUCCUAGGUCCAGGGGUAUUAUAGGCAACAGGGAUCUUUCACACAGGACAGCCACGUCUUGCCCUCCUAUCACCUAUUCCUGAAUAUGGAAGAAAAGUUUGUUUGGGGCAAAACAAAGAAAUUCUUCCAAUUUCUUUAUCCUAAAACUGGUGUAAUGGGACCUGUGUGCACAGAAUUGGGCUUAUUUUGUAUUCUCUAUCCAAGAAAUAUUUGUGAUUAUGCCAGAGACCUUCUCUACCAUAUCAGUAGUAGGGGUUACUUGACAAUAUAAUUUUAAAUUAUGGUGAUGGUGCUCUAUUGGAGAAUUUGCUGAGAAACUCAAUGAGCAAAAAACUUCCCCAGCUAGAAGAGGUGAAGCAAGUGUCCAUCAACAAUUCUAGGAUGCAAUUGAUAUUGAGAAGUCAGAAGCAGCAUUACUUUUUUGAUGUCCAGAGGAAUAACAUUGCUAUGGCCUUGGAGGUUACUCACCGGGAAUGGCUACAUUGAGUACAUAAGGAAGUAAAGAAUCACCUGGACUAUCAUAUCUUUGUGCAAAAUAUAAUGCAUCAAGACAAACAAGAGCACAUGAUAAACUUUCUGUCUCUUCCUGGUUAUUGAGCCCACUGGUGGAGAAGCAUGUGGCACAGAGCAUCUCUGUACCGCAGGAAAACGAGUUUUAUAUAGUGAAAGAACUAAAUCUAUUGGCCAGUAAGAUGUUUCUCAUCCUUCUUACUCUGCAUUUUGAGUUGUUACUUGAUCACUUAUGAAUAAGAGGUUUACUUUUGUUAAAAUGUGCUGCCUAACUAAAGAUUUCCAAGUUAUGAUUUAAAUUUAUAACUAAUUCCACCAUCUUGCUACAAAAUGACAAUUGGCACAAGAAGAAAUGAAUAAAUAAAUAAAUAAUAUUUUCCAGCCCACACUGGACCAAAACAUGCUUCAGACACACAACUGAGUAUGACUUUCUCUUCUGGUAACUAAACAAAUAGAAUUAUGAUUGACAGAGAGAUUACAGAUUUCAGGUGUUUGGAUUUAGCUUGCUCAAUUUGCGCAACAUUUACAGACAUACCUCCUGGGAUAUGUUACCUAACCUCUUGGAGCUUUAGUCUCCUAGCCAGAAAAAGGAGGAGGAUGGUAAUGUAUUAGCUCCAUCACUCAAGCCAAACCUCAAAAUCAUCCCUGACUCUCUAUCACCAGGUGCUUUGAACUCUACCUCAAAAAUAUGGACAUAUCCACUUCUCUCUAAGCCCUGGAUUACCAUCCUCUAUCCAACCAUAACCACCCCUAACCAGGAAUCUGACUAUAACGUUGGAACAGCUCUCCCACUUUUGCUCUUGUCCCCCUUCCACCCAUUCUGCAAAGAUAGCCAAAGUAAUGUGUUUAAGAUAAGCAGAUCUUCCACUUGCCUGCUUAUAACCCUGCAGGCUUCCCAUCACACUCAGAUUGAAACCCAGUCUGCAUGACCGUGGAUAGCCUGGCCCGUCUCCAGCCUCAGAUAGCAUCAGUUUCCCCACACCCUAUCUAUUUGGCCUCCCUGAUCUUUAGCAGCCCCUCCAUGAGAGGAAAAGGUUCUUUUACAUCAUUAGAGUCCUUUCCAUCUGCCUGAAGGACCUUCCUCAGCUUGCUGGGUUCCUCCUUAUGCUUUAGUUUUAGCUUAACUAUAUCACCUCUUUAGAGAGACUUCCCCAGCUAUUUUAUUUAAAAUGGAUCCUCUUAUCAUUCUCUUACAUCUUCGAUACUGUUUAUCAUGUGAUUAAAUAUUUAUCUUUUUAUGUCUAUUUCCCCCCACUACACCAUAUGCUACUCAGGAGCAGAAAUGAUGGCUGUUUUAUUACUGCAACCCUAGUACCUAGUACAAUAUCUAGCA